AUGUGUGAGGCAGCUUAUGAUAACUAUACAGAAAACCCUGAAGAAUUUAUGAAAUUUUUAGAGGAAUCAGAGAAGCCACUGUACAAGGGAUGUCAACGUUACACAAAAUUGAGUGCACUUGUGAAAUUGUACAAUACCAAAGCAAGGCAUGGAAUGAGUGAUGCUUUAUUUUCAGAUUUACUAUUGGAUUUUGGGGAUAUGUUGCCAAAUAAUCACAAUCUACCGUCCUCAAUGUAUGAUGUAAAAAAGAUGUUGAGUUGUUUGUCGUUGACUCAUGAAAAGAUUCAUGCUUGUUCAAAUGAUUGCAUUCUUUAUAGGAAGCAAUAUAAAAGCUGCGUAAGCUGCCCUAAAUGUGGCUUGUCACGGUGGAAGUUAACCAAAAACAAGGUUGAGAAGAAAGGUGUUCCUGCUAAGGUGGUUUGGUAUUUCCCUCCCAUACCAAGAUUUAAGCGCAUGUUUAAAUCUUUAGAUACCUCAAGAAAUUUAACAUGGCAUGCAGAUUCUACAAGAGUUGUUGGUCAGUUACGUCAUCCAGAUGAUUCACCAUCGUGGAAGUUGGUGGAUCAUAUGUGGCCCGACUUUGAAAGUGAGCCAAGAAAUCUUCGUCUAGCACUUGCAGCUGAUGGCAUUAAUCCUCAUAGCAACCUUAGUAGUCGGUACAGCUGUUGGCCAAUUAUGUUGGUUAACUAUAAUUUACCUCCCAAUAUGUGCAUGAAGAGGAAAUACAUUAUGCUAACUAUGCUCAUUUCAGGGCCUAAGCAGCCUGGAAACGAUAUUGAUGUCUAUCUGGAGGUGUUAGUUGAAGAUUUGCAACAAUUGUGGGCAGGAGUUGAUGGAGUCUAUGAUGCUUAUCGAAGGGAGUUCUUCACUCUUAAAGGAGUCUUAUUAUGGACUAUCAAUGAUUUUCCUGCCUACGGUAACCUUAGUGGAUGUACUACACAUGGUUAUUAUGCAUGUCCAGUAUGUGGAGAAGAUACUUAUGCAAGGCACUUGGAAAAUGGGAAGAAAAUGUCAUUUGCGGGCCAUAGACGAUUCCUAUCACGGUUUCAUCCCUAUCGUAGGCAAAUGAAGGAGUUUAAUGGCAUGGAAGAACUUGGAGAAGCAACUAGACCAUUAUCUGGGAUUAAGUUGUUUGAGAAACUUUCUGACAUAAGGUGUGAGUUUGGAAAGAAGAUAAGUGUGAGAGGGAAAAAAAAGCAUGCAAAGGCUAAUAAGUUAGAAGUCAAUAUAGAAGAAAAAGAUCUAGAAGCAAUAAAUUUCAGAAAAUGUUGGAAGAAGAAGUCAAUCUUUUUUAAUAUUCCUUACUGGAAACACUUGCAUGUAAGACAUUGUCUUGAUGUUAUGCACAUUGAGAAAAAUGUAUUUGAAUCCCUCAUUAAUACUUUGAUGAAUGUUAAAGGAAAAACCAAGGAUAAUGUGGCAGCUAGGUUGGACAUGGUUGAGAUGGGAAUUAGACCUGAAUUAACACCUAUAGUUAGGGAGAAGAGAACAUAUCUUCCUUUUGCUGCGUGCUCAUUCACAAAAAAAGAAAAGUUACAAGUGUGCAAGUCGUUAAAGGAUAUAAAAGUUCCAGAAGGUUUCUCUUCAAACAUGAAUAAUAUUGUGUGCAUGGAUCAGCUGAAGUUGACUAGCUUGAAAUCCCAUGAUUGCCAUGUUUUAAUGCAACAUUUCUUGCCAAUAGUUAUACGUGAUGCGCUGCCAAAACAUGUUAGAUAUGCCAUCAUAAGAUUAUGCUUUUUCUUCAAAGAUAUUUGUUGCAAAGUUAUAGAUGUAGCCAAGUUAGAUAAGUUGCAAUCUGACUUGGUUGUUACACUAUGCUUAUUGGAGCAAUAUUUCCCCCCAUCUUUCUUCGAUAUCAUGCUUCACUUAACUGUCCAUCUUGUUCGAGAAGUCCGAUUAUGUGGACCAGUUUACUUUAGAUGGAUGUAUCCAUUUGAAAGAUGCAUGAAGGUGCUUAAGAGUUAUGUAGGCAGUCGAAAACAUCCUGAAGGUUGCAUUGUUCAGAGAUAUUUAGCAGAAGAAGCAAUUGAAUUUUGUUCAGAAUACCUCAAUGACGUUGAUCCUAUUGGAGUUCCUCAAUCAAUUCGAGACCCGAAAGCAAAUGGUUCUGGCUUCCAAGCAUGCAUCACACCAAUUUUAGUGCAACAAGUUGAUCUGCAACAAGCACAUUUGACUGUGCUAGAAAAUAUGGAAGAAGUAUCUUGCUAUAUAAUUGAACAUAAAACUUUUUUGAAAUCAAUGUUUCCCAAAAAAGAGAAAGAUGAAAGGUGGAUACAAGAUGCUCACAACAAGAGGUUUAUUGAUUGGUUUCGUGCAAAGGUGGCUGCUGAAAUUGACAGUUGUAAUGGUGGAACAACAUCGACAUUAACAUGGUUGGCCCAUGGACCGCGUGCACAAAUCAUUAAGUAUAAUAGUUAUGUGAUCAAUGAAAUAUGGGAAUUAGACUAUCAUCAAUUUCAAGUUCCUCUUUUCAAAUGUGUGUGGGUUGCAAAUGACAAAGGAAUAAUCAACAAUGAUGAAUGUGGCUUCACCUUAGUCAACUUAAACAAACGAGGAGACAAGAAUGACGAAUUUGUGCUUGCAAGUCAAGUCAACCAAGUCUUUUAUAUUGAUGACCCAUUAACAAAGGGGUGGUCAAUUGUGCUUCCAGUUCCAAAUAGAUGUUAUGAGGGAGAUGCUGAUGACAAUUGGAGCAGUAUUCCUGAUUCUAGGCCAAUUGAUGAUGUUGAUACUCAUUGCAUUCCUGCACAUGAAAGAUAUAUUAGAUCAGAAAUUGAGGGUGUUUGGGUCACAAAAAAGAAAAAAUGA